AGUGCAGCUAAAAAUGAACAGGCCCGAUGUCAACCGAUAUAAUUAGGGUUAGGUUAGGAUUAGGGACUCUGGCAUUUCGACUCACCGGUUAAUCUAGGCAGCUAGUAAAUUGAUAGUCCCAUUUUAUGUUAUCACAGUGCCAAUAAUUCUUCAAAAUUCUUACGAAUGAAGAAUGCCAUGAUUUGUAUAAAUGAUGGAAUAGACAAUAAACUCUAGGAAUAGAAACAUUUCUCAGCUUGGAAUUUGUAAUCGUCUAACCUAUAACGACGAUUUUAUUUGCUCGAUACACGUAAUCGGAUUCCGUCUUCAAGAAUGUUCCUGAUUUAAUACGCAUAAAUUCUGUGAUUUAUACUCUUGACUCUUGUCACAAGCUCUGUUUUCUAUGAGGACGUAAAUCAUAGAAAACAAUGCAACGUACGCGCGGGAAAACUUCGCGUGCCAAAGGAUCGCCGCAAAAGUGCCCCAAGAUAAGUUGCUCGUCGACAAACACAUGGGUGUUUCUUAUGAAAGGGGAUAGCCUAGACAGUUCAAAUGUAGCUCAAUCAGAAGCAGUAAAACUUAGACAUCCCGCUUCUAAUAAACCAACCGUAUUUGUAUUCAGUCCUGGCAAUACCACAGUGCAGGAAGUUUUAAUCUUUGACGAAAAUAAAAGAUCUUGGUUUAUUGAUGAUAAUGUCAAAUCUGAUGGCAAAUUGCAUUUGUCAACACCAAUCGAUCCAAUCUUUUUAGUUUUACCGUAUCUAAGGAAGUCACAAUUAGCGCAACCUUUAGAGCAAUGUCUCUGGGAUGAAGAUUUUCCAGAAACAUCUCGCCUUGCACAAUGUGAAAAUUUGAAACUGCUGUUAGUUGCUGAUUGUAAAGGAGAUCAAUCAUUACAAGCUUACAAGUAUAAUGAAGAAAAAUCAUUAAAGUGGCUGCAGAAAAAGGUAGAAAAAGUGGCAGAUUUAUUAAGACACAAAGGAGUUCAUGUGUCCCAAGGUGCUAUGAGUGCUACUUAUGUCAAGAGUACUAAAUAUGAAAUUGGUACAGAGACAGAAUAUCUGAAAUAUGCACAUGGAAUUAUAUCCGAAUAUCUUGCUGAAGAUCUUUCACAAAAAUUAGCACAACAUUUGAAUAUAUCUGAUGAAAUGGAAAGUAAAAAACGCAAACUAGAUAGUCCUAAAAAUAUAACUAAUGAAAAAAAACUUAAAAGAGAUUCCUUUGAAGAAAGCCCAAUACCAAAAGCAAAGACGAAGAACUUAUUAAUUAAACCUGAUAAGAUACAGAAAAACAUCCUUGGUAAAAAGGAAUUAGCCAAACAGAGAGCAGCUGCAGGAUCUAAAAGCAUUUCUAGCUUUUUUCAGAAAAAAUAAAUCUCACAAUAUAAGAUAUAUAAAUUGCAACAAUUUGAAAAUUAUAAUGCAUUUUUGUCGGUAUAUUGAUAAAUUUUAUUGUUUUGUAUAAAAAUGUGUUUAACAUAACAUCCAAAUUGAAAAUUGCAUUAUUAUUUCAUUGACUGAAUUAUAUAUAGAAGAGAAUAGUUUUUU